AAAAUUCAUUCAUGUCAAUUUUCCCGAAGAAGCGAGUUGUGCAAACAAACCACACGUGUUUUUAUAAAGUUGACUAAAAUCAGUGAUGUUGCAGUGAAUACGUGAAAAUGAGUAAAUUAUACGUGCUCUAUGAGCACAGCGCAGGCUUCGCGCUUUUCCGAGUGGCGGAGUUCGAAGAGCUUGCUGCGUUUUUGCCGCAAGUAGAAGAGUCUGUGACUGACUUGCAGCGGUUCAACUCGGUGGUGACUUUGAUAGCGUUCCAGCCGUUCAAAUCUGCCGUGUUGGCUUUGGAGAAUAUAAAUGCUAUUUCUGAAGGAAUAUUGCCUGAAGAUUUGAACUUGUUCCUCGAAGGUGCUUUACCGAAACGCAAAAAGCGUGGCAAAUGCACACUGGGUGUGCUCGACCCCAAGUUGGGGGCGGCGAUCAGCGAAGCGCUAGAAAUACCAUGCUCACACACUGGUGCAGUCCCAGAGAUACUGAGAGGUAUCCGUCACCACUUCCACGCACUGAUCAAAGGGCUCACGCAGAAGGCAUGCAGCGUCGCCCAACUAGGUCUCGGCCACUCGUAUUCACGAGCUCGUGUCAAGUUCAAUGUGCACCGUGUGGACAACAUGAUUAUACAGAGUAUUGCGUUGUUGGAUCAGCUGGAUAAAGACGUUAACACGUUCUCAAUGAGGAUAAGAGAGUGGUACUCAUACCACUUCCCAGAGCUGAUCAGCAUCGUCCCAGAGAACCACUUGUACACCAAAUGUGCGGAGUUCAUCAAGGACAGGAAGACGCUCAGCGAAGAGUCAGUGGAACCGUUGACGGAGAUCCUCGGAGACUCGGAGAAGGCCCAAGCUAUUAUUGAUGCGUCUAAAAUGUCAAUGGGCAUGGACAUUUCGCCGGUCGACUUGAUCAAUAUACAGAUGUUUGCUGGGAGAGUUGUUGCGUUGAGUAAUUACAGAAAACAGAUAGCCGAGUACCUGCACUCCAAGAUGAACAGCGUGGCUCCGAACCUGACGACGCUAGUGGGAGACCAGGUGGGCGCCCGGCUGAUAUCCAAGGCCGGCUCACUGACCAGCCUGGCCAAGUACCCGGCUUCCACACUACAGAUCUUGGGUGCGGAGAAAGCCCUAUUCCGCGCGCUCAAGACUCGCUCCAACACGCCUAAGUACGGCCUGUUAUACCACUCCACCUUCAUCGGGCGCGCCGGCCUGAAGAACAAGGGCCGCAUCAGUCGCUACCUCGCCAACAAGUGCUCCAUCGCGUCGAGGAUCGACUGUUUCUCUGAGAGCCUAUCAACAAUCUUCGGCGAGAAACUCCGUCAGCAAGUCGAAGACCGCCUCAAGUUCUACGAAACUGGGGAUAUUCCCAAGAAGAACAUCGAGGUAAUGAAAGAAGCUAUGGAGGAGGCCACACAGGCCCUCACUGAGGCCGCUGCCAGCGCUAAGAAGAAGAAAAAGAAGAAAAAAGUCUCAGAGCCCAUGGACGAAGAUUAGAUUUAAGAAAUCAAUGGUCGAUACUGAAAGAAUGCACAGAGUUUAGACUGUUAUAAAAAGGAUAGAGAAGCUAUCGAAUCAAAAUAAAGUUCGCUGCAGCGAAAACAUUAGUCUGUCAUAUUCAAACUAUUAAAACAUGCAGCGCUAGAUCGCUUAUGUUAAUACUUUGAUGCCUCUGCUUUAUGAAACUUGGCUGGAAGUGUGCCCAAAGACGAAUCAGGAAUGAAUAUUGAAACUGUCAUCAACAAGGAUGCAGCUACACUCCGGGGCGUCUUUAACCUACUAGGGGCCCUAGGCACGUGCCCAGAGUGCCCAGUGGUAAAGAGGGACCUGUAAAUAGUAUAAACAAAGUCGCUUCACUCUGUCCCUGUGUAUGUUCAAAUCUUUAAAACUACGCAACAGAUUUUAAUGCGGUUUUUUUUAGGUAUCUAUGCGAAGCAGGGGCGGGUCGCUAGUAUACUAUUACAGCCUCAACUUUGGAUAUUGUUUCAGAAUAACGGCAUAUAUUUUAGAAAUAAAAAUGAUUUUUAUCUUUCAUAA